UGCCUUUUUCUGAGUAUUGAUCAUGGUGUUUUUUUUUUCCCUAAAAAUUAAUUGUCAGGUUCUUUCCAUGUUGUUGGACAGGAAUAUGAACGUUGACAUAGUGAAUCACAAUAAUCAGACCCCGUUGAUGUAUGCUGCAAAGCAGGGAAAGAUUGAUUGUGUUAAAAAGCUUAUCCAGGCUGGAGCAAAUGUAUUCAUGAUUGAUUCUGUACAUGGAGGAGGUUGCUUGCACGAUGCAGCUUCUCAUGGCCACGUAGAUUGCCUUAAAGCCAUUCUUUUUGCUGCUCAUUUCACAGCUUUUGAAGAUUCUCGGGGAUAUUUAAGAUUUGUCGACUCGAGAGAUUUUAACGGUUUUGCCCCACUGCAUCUUGCAGCCCUCAAAGGACAAUCUGAAUGUGUUGAUGCCCUUUUAGACAAUGAUGCUAUUCUUUGUGCUAGAACUAGUAACUGUGGAGGCACAGCACUUCAUUUGGCUGCCCGCAGUGGUUCCUUGGACUGUAUCCGGAUUUUGCUUGCUCGGGGAGCUGAUAGACUUCAAUUUGAUUAUCAUGGGAAUACACCAUACACAAUUGCCCUGGAGCACGGGCAGGAGGAAUGUGCUGCCCUGCUAGGUUCUACGUCGGGAUCAUCACUUGUUUGGCCAAACCAUUUAAGGUUCAUCAGAGAGCUUGAUAAGAAAACAAAGGCCUUACUGGAAAAGGCCUUGGUAGAACUUAACAAGGAGAGGCAGAAAGCCAAAAAUAAGCCACGAUCAUCACGGAAUUCGGAGAGAAAUAACAAUAAUAUUGCCUCUAUGGCCGGCAAAAAGGAGUUAUGUUCCAUUUGCUAUGACCGAGUGUGCACAUUUGUGGUCAGACCCUGUGGCCAUGAAAUGUGUGCUCAUUGUAUCAUGAGGCUAUGCCAAAAGAAAAGUGAUAUUGAUGCACCUCGCUCUUCUAAUUCUAAACCAGUUUGUCCAUUUUGCCGUGGUGACAUCGUUCGGUUACUUGCUAAGACUAAGUAACAAGAGCAGUGAAUCAAGGGAGGAGUGAGGAACCUUGAAGACUAAUUAACUACUGUAUUUUUUCAUGAAGGCAUCAAGGUUUCUCAGUAGGGGGAGAUUUAGAAUGAUACACAUGCUAUGUAUUUCUGCAGAGAGAUUAUUAGGUCGUAUAUUGAAAUAAAAUUUAAAUGUUAUAUAAGCAUUGGUUGUAAUAUAGAGAACCUAACAGUAUUUUCUUUUGUCACAUCAAUUUAUAUUUUC